CCAACUUAAAAUUUCUCAGCCAUCAGCCCACCCGCGACCCAUCUCUCUCAGUCUCUGUCGUCUCUCACUCUGAACUCUCUCACCCUCAGUCCCGUUUUCGGCUGCUCACAUAUCCAAAAUCAAAAUCUGAAGCAAAGAGGAAGAUGUUGGCGUCAAAUCCAAACCUAACAAAGUGCCCCUUCUUUCCCACUCGCUACGUUCCCAUCUCCCGGUCUUUCCACAUCACAUGUAGCGUUUCGCAGUUGCAAUCGGCGGCGGAAGUGGUGAAUGGAAGAGUCUCCGAGAGGAACGAGAUUCGUCUUGGUUUGCCGAGCAAGGGCCGCAUGGCGGCCGACACUCUUGAUCUUCUCAAGGACUGUCAAUUGUCCGUCAAGCAUGUCAAUCCGCGCCAAUAUGUUGCACAAAUCCCACAGCUUUCGGAUUUGGAAGUGUGGUUUCAACGGCCCAAAGACAUUGUGCGGAAAUUGUUGUCUGGAGACUUAGACCUUGGCAUAGCCGGUUUUGAUACCGUCAGCGAAUAUGGGCAGGGGAAUGAAGAUCUUGUCAUUGUUCAUGAUGCUCUUGAUUAUGGGGAAUGCCACUUAUCCCUUGCAAUUCCCAAAUAUGGGAUUUUUGAGAAUAUAAAUUCACUGAAGGAUUUAGCACAAAUGCCUCAAUGGACUGAAAAGAAACCUCUGCGAGUUGCUACUGGCUUCACCUAUCUGGGUCCGAAAUUUAUGAAAGAAAAUGGACUGAACCAUGUGACCUUUUCAACUGCCGAUGGAGCACUCGAGGCAGCUCCUGCGAUGGGGAUAGCUGAUGCAAUUUUGGACCUUGUGAGUAGUGGGAUCACACUGAAAGAAAACAACUUGAAAGAGAUCGAGGGGGGAGUUGUGUUGCGAAGCCAGGCAGUUCUUGUUGCAAGCAAGAGAUCGUUGAUCAAAAGGAAAAGUGCACUGGACACGACACAUGAGAUUCUUGAAAGAUUGGAGGCGCAUCUAAGGGCUGAGGGUCAGUUCACGGUAACUGCAAAUAUGAGAGGAAGUAGUGCAGAGGAAGUGGCUGAGCGUGUCUUGAGCCAGCCAUCAUUAUCAGGUUUGCAGGGACCCACCAUAAGUCCAGUUUUUUGCAAACGUGAUGGGCAAAUUGCUUCUGAUUACUUUGCCAUAGUCAUAUGUGUACCCAAAAAGGCGCUCUACAAGUCUGUACAACAACUGAGAGCGAUUGGAGGCAGCGGUGUUCUAGUUUCCCCUUUGACCUACAUUUUUGAUGAAGAAACUCCAAGAUGGCGCGAACUUCUCUCAGCACUUGGCCUCUAGUUCUCUCUCUCUCUGUGGUCGAUGCUGUGCAAGGUUUGUUAUAUUUUUGUAGGUAUGCCAAUAUUUAAGAGUUUGAUGAGCAAGCCCAUCUAGAUACCUGCAAAUGGUUAGAGGUUGGAAAAGGUGUACUUAAAUUAGGACUUAAACUUUGAAAUUCUUGUACUCUCUUUAUGUUUGAAUUGAAAAUUUGGUAUGUAAUCAGAGUGGCGGCGUAAGACAAUUUUUGCUA